CAGAUGUUGAACUCUGAAUUCUCUGCACGCCAUCUGAGGCCUGGACAAUGAGAGGUCGCAGUUUGUUGAAGGAUCAGUCCUGUCCAUCUUUGUGCGCAUUCUGCGCUCUUAGACUUGGACAAGCUCGAAGACCUUCACAUGUACAACGCCGAUAUCUACAAUCCUCACAGUCGAUAGCCAAACCACCUGCAGAAGCCGCCGCACUCCGACAAGUCGAUGAUGCUCCAUCUUCUCAACCGUCCUGGGGUCGACUGGGUCCUACACGACCACCAGGAUUGGGACCAGGACCAUCCGCUACAUGGGGCAGCUCUUCGGGCUUAGGGAGCGUUCCGCCAGGUCCAUCACGGCAGAGAACUGGAGGCAAUGGGAUACCACCAGGACGAAUACCGCAGCGUGUAGGAGCGGUAAGCCCGAGGAUAGAUGGGGCGUCUAAUAUGGAUGAUCUUACACCGGCGGAGCGGCGUGCCCGAGACAUGCUGCAAGAGUUAGAGAAGGCUAGAAAGUUAGAAGCUGUGAGGAUAGAGGAAGAAGAGCAAGCCAGAAGAAGACCCGUCCUUAGAUUUCAUGGCAUUGGUCCUGAAGCAACUCGGGCCGGCAGACCAGAGCCCAAGAGUUCGACAGAGGCAGAACGAAGAGCAGAAGCAGAGAAAGCAAAGGCCCGGAGGUUAGCUUUUCACAACUGGAAUAGACAAAAGCAAGACGAGGAAGACCUGAAAAGCAGAGGUGGGACGGGGUUUAGAGCGAGACAUGUCAUGGGUGAUAGCGACCUCACACUUCCUUCUGCCAAAGAUCUUGCCAAAGCCAGCGAGAAGCCCGAGAAUGAAUGGAGGCAGUUGAGGAGAACUACGAAGCAGAGUGCUGUACCAGAAGCAGCACAAGCAUUGGCGCUUCCAGUGCAAGCAAAAUCUGCAUCCGUUAGAUUUGAGAAGGCGCGCGAACAAAGGCAAGAGCAAGCUAGAUCAGCUCGAUAUGUUCCAAUCAGCAUGGGAUUAUCCAUUGACUUGGAUCGCAGCAAAGCUGGGAUACCUCCCGGGAAGCGGCUGGGUUCACGCAGCUUAGACUUUUCGAAAUCCAUUCCUGACGCAGAAUCAAAGCCUGUACAGUCCCAGCCAACAGCCAUUGGUUCAGUGUCAGCAGCGGCUGAUCAAUCUCUCAAAGACACCACUGUUACAUUCACGCCCAUGUUUGCUCCUAAGGUGGAAGAGCCACCUAAACCAGCAAAGACUCGGGUCGAAGAGAAGAAGGCUUUUGAAAAAGAGGAAGACGAAGAGGCAGAACGCUCACGCCCGAGACGAAAAAAGACAAGAGGAAAGCAGGAGGAUGACGAGCCUGUCUACGACGAUAUGCCGCGAGGUAAAGAUAAAGAUAAAGCAAACAGGCGACAGCAGUUUGCCCGUUACGAACAAGACGAACUUGCCGAGGAAGAAGCAUAUGAACGAGCCGAAGCAAAACGGCUACGGAAACAAGAAAAAGCUGCCAAGAAGGCCGCCAAAAUUCUGGCUGCGCAACCAAUCCUUCUUCCAGAAUAUAUCAGUGUUUCCAAUUUGGCUAUGGCUUUGAAAGUCCGACUUGAAGAUUUCGUGUACAAGAUGGAAGAGCUUGGAUUUGAGGAGACAGCGCAUGAUUACAUCCUUAACGCUGAAACCUCAGGUCUCAUUGCCAUGGAGUACAAUUUUGAACCCAUCAUAGACCGUGGAGAAAGCGAGGAUCUGAAGGCAAGGGAACCGGCUCCUGAUCCAUCAGUCUUACCUCAAAGACCACCCGUUGUCACAAUCAUGGGCCAUGUUGAUCACGGCAAGACUACUUUGUUGGACUAUUUGAGAAAAUCUUCUGUGGCUGCCGGCGAGCAUGGAGGUAUUACUCAACAUAUCGGAGCCUUCUCGGUUCCCAUGCCCUCAGGAAAAGUCAUCACAUUCCUCGACACUCCUGGUCACGCAGCUUUCUUGAGUAUGCGUCAACGAGGCGCAAAUGUCACCGAUAUCGUAAUUUUAGUAGUUGCAGCUGAUGACAGUGUCAAGCCUCAAACGAUAGAAGCUAUCAACCAUGCCAAAGCAGCAAAAGUCCCAAUCAUUGUUGCGAUCAACAAGAUUGACAAGCCAGACUCUGACAUCGACCGUGUUAAGCAAGACCUGGCUCGCCACGGUGUUGAUGUUGAAGACUUUGGUGGUGAUACUCAAGUUGUUUGUGUCAGUGGCAAGACCGGUCAAGGCAUGGACGAACUUGAAGAAGCAGCUGUCACAUUGUCCGAUGUUCUUGAUAUGCGUGCUGAGCGGGACGGACCAGCUGAAGGAUGGAUUAUUGAAGCAAGCAUAAAAUCCAUGGGCAAAGUAGCGACAGUACUCGUCCGACGUGGUACUAUGCGACCUGGCGACUUUAUUGUUGCUGGAAGAACAUGGGCAAGAAUUCGCUGCUUGCGUAACGAAGCAGGCAUAGAAAUCGACGAGGCUGGUCCAGGCACACCCGUCGAGAUUGAUGGCUGGCGUGAACAACCUCUUGCAGGGGACGAAGUUCUCCAAGCUCCUGAUGAAAGCAAGGCGAAGAGUGUUGUGGAUUACAGACUCGAAAAGGAAGAGCGCGACAAACUUGCCGAGGACAUGGAAGCGAUCAACGAGCAUCGAAAGGUAGAGCAAGAGAAACGGGAACGCGAAAAAGCAGAAGCCUCAGCAGCAGCCGAAGCAGACGAGAAUGUUCUUCCCGAGACCACCAAACAGAACAAAUCGAGCGGACCUAGAGAGAUCUAUUUUAUCAUCAAGGGUGAUGUUAGUGGCUCUGUGGAAGCCGUGAUCGACAGCAUAGCUGGCUUGGGUAACAACGAAGUCCAACCUCACAUUCUUCGCUCUGGCGUUGGUCAAUUGUCUGAAUUCGACAUUGAACAUGCAGCAGCUGCGAAGGGUAUUCUCAUUAACUUCAAUACUCCUGUUGAACCGCACAUUGCUCGACUUGCCGAAGAGUCAAAAGUGGCAAUUUUGGACUACAACAUCAUCUACAGACUAGUAGAUGAGGUGAAAGCAGAAUUGAGCAAGCAUCUUCCGCCAUUAAUCACGCAGAAAGUCAUGGGAGAAGCCGAAAUCGCUCACAUAUUCUCGAUAAAUGUGAAGGGACGUCAACAGAAGGCUGUUGCUGGCUGUAAAGUCAGGAACGGGACAAUUAGCAAGACCGCGAAGAUUCGAGUCUUGCGAGGCGGCCAGAAGGUUUAUGAUGGUACCCUAGCCUCGCUCAAGAACGUGAAGAAAGAUGUUCCAGAGAUGAGAAAGGGGAGUGAAUGUGGUAUGGGCUUUGAUGACUGGUUUGACUUCCAAGUUGGAGAUCAAGUCCAGUCGUACGAGGAGAUACAUGAGAAGAGGUAUCUGUAGUUGUACAGUACUAUGUAGAGAGAUUGUACAUAUAUAUAGACUGGUCCUUCGAGCGCAUAUAUGGGAAGGGUCACAACCAAAGCAUGAGGUGGCGUUUCCUUGAACGAUUAGACUCACUUUCUCUUGUUCAUAGAUUCGCCACUCUAAUGUUUAGAUAUUUUCUGCUAAGAC